UUCACCGACAGGGGGCGAGAGAACAGCUAGUAUCACACAGCCUUGACCAAUGAGCUUCCAGGACACUCGCAGUGUGGGCGGUACCUAAGCCAGCGUCAACAUGGCGGCGUCCUUAGACGAUGAUUUUGAGCUGAACAACCAGGACUAUUACUCUCUUCUUAACGUCAGAAAAGAGGCUACAUUAGAGGAGCUCAAGGCGUCGUAUCGGAGGCUGUGCAUGCUCUAUCACCCUGACAAACAUCGAAAUCCAGAGCUGAAAGGACAAGCUGAGAAGCUUUUCAACCAGGUGCGACAGGCGUAUGAAGUGCUCACUGACGCUCACUCCAGAGCCAUCUACGACAUCUUUGGGAAGAAAGGGCUGGAGGUAGAAGGCUGGGAGGUGGUGGAGAGAAAGAGGACUCCGGCAGAAAUCCGGGAGGAGUAUGAGAGGCUGCAGAGAGAGAGAGAAGAGAGGAGACUGCACCAGAGAACAAACCCAAAGGGUAUUAUCAGUGUUGGUGUGGAUGCAACCGACCUCUUCGACCGCUACGAUGAAGACUUUGAGGAGAUGCCAGGAGGAGGUUUUCCUCAUAUUGAAAUCAGUAAAAUGCACAUCUCUCAGUCUAUCGAGGCUCCUUUGACAAACUCUGACACAGCUGUGCUCUCCGGUUCACUCUCUACACAAAAUGGAGAAGGACAAGGCAGCAUUAACGUCACUUUACGAAGGGUUACCUCAGCCCGGGGCUGGGGAGAGGUGGAGUUUGAGGCAGGAGACAUACUGGGACCACUCUUUGGAGUAAAGGUGUUUCGAAACAUCACUUCAAGAUGUUUUGUCACUGGACAGUGCGGUGUGCAGUUCUCCCCUCGAGGUGUGCGUCGCACUUGCUCUUUGAUAGCAGCACGGCAGCUGGACCAGCACACCAUGGGCUACCUCAAGUGGCGCGGGGGUCGUAGCAGUGCCAUGACCACCAGUCUGGUCCGAGACACUGACAGCAGCCACUUUUCUCUAUCUUUACAGCUGGGUGUCCCUAACUCUUACCUAAUGAUGAGUUAUGCCUUCAAGUUCCAGGAUGAAGACAAGACCAGAGUGAGAGGCUCUGUAAAAACAGGCUGGUUUGGCACUGUGAUAGAAUACGGAGCAGAGAGGAAGAUUAGCAGGCACAGUGUCAUGUCCGCCACCGUCAGUGUCGGCGUCCCACAGGGAGUCACCCUCAAGCUCAAACUGGAGCGUGCCAGUCAAACCUACCUGUUCCCAGUUCACCUGACAGAUCAGCUGUUGCCCAGUGCUGUUUUCUAUGCCACUGUUGGACCCCUGCUGGUCUACAUGGCUGUCCACAGACUGAUCGUCCUCCCAUAUACACAAGCACAAAAGAAGCAAGAACUGGAGCUGCAGAAGAAGAGCUCCGAAGUAGACAUUGCCAAGAAGAAGCAGGAGGCAGAGUCUGCUGUUGUGCUGAUGCAGGAGUCUGUGAGGAGAAUCAUGGAAGCUGAAGAAUCCAAGAUGGGCCUGAUCAUUCUGAAUGCCUGGUAUGGAAAGUUUGUGUCCGACGUAAGUCAGAAGAAGGAGAAAGCAAGAGUGGUCGAUGUCACUGUUCCGCUUCAGUGCCUGGUCAAAGACUCCAAGCUCAUCCUUACUGAAGCCUCUAAGGGUGGGUUGCCCGGCUUCUAUGACCCCUGUGUAGGAGAGGAAAAGAGUCUUAAAAUACUCUACCAGUUCAGAGGUGUGAUGCACCAGGUCAUCUCUGCAGACACUGAGCCUCUACGGAUACCUAAGCAAUCACACAGACUAGAGGCUGGGUCUUAGGAGUUCACCUCUGUUAAGGAACCUCUGGGCAAGUGCACAGAAGACACUUUGUGUGAAGAAUACCAUAAUCAGAGAAGAAGAAAAAAAAUCUCAAUUCUCUUCUACGGCUCUUUUUUAUCCUAGUAU